AUGUCAUGUUCUGACACACUUAUCAAACGAACGCAAAGAUUAUCCUUACAGCCCGAUACGGCCAAAGGUCCAAGGAGAACCGAAAGUAUCAGGAAAUACGUCAUGUCACCUUCUCCCAUCUCUGGUUCAAGUAUCGAUACGACCUCGGAACUUUCGUCGACGUCUAUGGGUCGAAGUGGGGAUAAAAUCAGAUGGAGAGAUAGGACGAUUUAUCGAAUUGGCAGGAAUGUCACCGCUGGAUUUCCAGUAGAUCUUGUAGAGCAGGAACGUCAAGAAGCUGAAAUUGGUACUGAUGAAAAACAUUAUCCAUAUCAUGGACCAGUGCUUGAUGUUCUCAAGUCUUCCUCAAGAUUGAAUUGUGGGAGGAUAUUGGAUAUAGGAACGGGCACAGGGAUAUGGGCAAUAGAUAUGGGCGAUCUUUUUCCACAUGUAGAUGUCAUAGGGAUAGACGAGGUAAACAUCCUGCCUGAAUUGGUGCCGCCGAACUGCGAAUCCGACUUGUUAAAACCCUUACCAUACCCACCAUCAAGUUUCGAUAUCAUCCAUAUCCGAUUCCUUUCAACUCGAGUUCGAUCCUAUCCUUCUAUACUCUCUCAAACCCUCUCCCUCCUCAGCCCAAACGGUCUUCUACUCCUAUUCGAGAACUUCACUUUCAGUCCACCUCAAACAGUUCACGAUAACACACCGAAAGGUGUUCAAGCAUUCUAUGAUUGUUAUAAACGAUCACUCUUUUCUUCCGGUAUCAAAGUCAUGGAUCAGGUAGAAUGA